AUGGCGGAGUGUAGUGAAAUCGCAGUUUCAACGUCUGAGCUGAAUAAGCUCAAGAAAAAUGAAUUAAUCGAUCUAAUUUUAACAUUUGAAAUACCGAUGUCUGUGACUAGUGAUAUAUUAGUGAAAUAUAUAAAAAAACUUAUGGAUAAACAACCAGUAUAUAAUGAAAAAUUACAUGAUAGUUACUCUAACCUCAAUUAUUGUGUUCAAUGUGAAGGAAGUCUUAAAAAGUUAGACCAAAUAAAAUGUGAAUUAGACACUAUGAGUAAACUAACUUUUCACCUGGAAAAGCGCACACAAGAAGAGGCAGAUUUAAUUGUGUUAUUAAAACAAUUUAAAGAUUUAAAUUUCGAAACUAAUAAUAUGCCAUCUUGCAGUUAAAAUUCAAAUUCAACUUUAAUAUUAAAUAGUUCUCAUCGGGCUCAGUUUGGAUCAACAGAGGACAACAAAAACUUAACAAAAGAUAACAAUUCUAAAGAUAACAACCCACAAAAAAAUUUCAAUGAAGUUCUUAAAAUAAAUAUAUCAAAACAAACCAUCAAAGAAAGCAGGUAUGAAAGGUCAACAAACUCUGAGGACAAAAACAGAGGGAAUUCCCUUUACAAAAAAAUAUACAACAAUAAAGCAAAUAUUGGAAGCAAUGAAAUUCAAAAUAAACAAUUUAAAAUAGUACCGAGACAAGGUUUUUUACAUCUAUCAAGAAUUGGAAAUGAGAUAAAAAGUGAUGACGUUUUAAAUUUUUUAAAGAAAAGUGCCCAGAACAUUAACUUUUCAUGUGAAGAAUGGCACAGAAAUGAUAGGGUGUCCAUAUAAAGUUUCGUUUCCGAUGGACAAAAUAAACCAAAUUUUCGAUCCAGCUAUUUGGCCCAAAGGAGCAGAAGUUAGAAGAUUUCAAUUUAGACAGAAUUUUCAGAAAGACACAUGUGACUGUAAAUAUCUAGAUUCCACAUCAACAAAGAAAAAUGACAUAUUUGAUAAAUUUCAUCUACAUAGUAUUUUGCAAUGUAAAAGAUCGGUGAGUAUAUUUCAUUUAAACGUGCAGUGUUUGUCUAACAAAGUGGAAAUGCUUGAUGUAUUCUUAAACGAAUUUAAUUUUGAUGUUCUUUGCAUCUCGGAACAUUGGCUAAAUGAGAUGAAUCUUAGUAGCGUGAACUUGGAUGGUUAUAUAUGUGCUACUUCCUUUUGUAGAAGUAAGAAAUUGCGUGGCGGCGUAGCUAUAUUUCUAAAAAAA